GGGGCGAGGCGACGGGGCGUGGUCCAAAGUGGGUGUCCCGCGGUGCCGGAGCGGCGAGGCGGGUCGAUCUUCUCCCCCUGCGGCCGGGGGAGGCCGCCUCAGGCGGGCGGCGGUGCCGCCGGGCGGCUCCGAGCCGGUGUGUCUCGGGCCAUGGCUACGUGGCGGCGGGACGGGCGGGUGACGGCGGCGCAGCGGCUGUGCUGCGCGGCGCUGGCGGGCGCGCUGAGCCUGAGCCUGACGGCGCCGCUGGAGCUGCUGUCGGUGCUGGCGCAGGUGGGGGCCCGGCAGUGCCGGCGGGGGCUGCGCCGCGCCGCAGUCGGCCUGUGCCGCGCCGAGGGGCUGCGGGCGCUCUGGAAGGGAAACCUCACCGCCUGCCUCCGCCUCUGCCCCUACAGCGCCCUGCAGCUCGCCGCCACCCGCCGACUCGUUAUACUUUUCACGGAUGAGUUGGGUCAUAUUUCCCACUGGAGAGCCAUCAUGGCAGGAAGUCUGGCUGGCAUGGUGGCAACCGUCGUGACUUAUCCCACUGACGUCAUUAAAACACGGCUCAUUGUGCAGAACCGUCUGGAACCAUCUUAUGAAGGAAUUCUUCAUGCCUUUUACAAAAUUUAUCAUCAAGAAGGACUCCUUGCACUCUACCGUGGUGUCUCACCAGCUAUAUUAGGUGCUAUCCCAUUUUCUGCAGGCUCAUUCUUUGUUUACAUCAAUCUGGACAAAAUCUGGCAAGAACCCAUAGUUCAUUUCACUCCUCUUCAGAACUUCAUCAACGGCUGUGUUGCAGCUGGUGUGGCACAGACACUUUCUUUCCCCUUUGAGACUGUCAAGAGGAAGAUGCAGGCCCAGAGUCCUUGGCUUCCCCACUAUGGAGCGGUUGAUGUCCACUUCACUGGCAUGACUGACUGCUUCCGGCAAACUGUGAAGAACAAAGGUGUGCUUGGACUUUGGAGUGGGCUCACACCCAGUCUGCUCAAGAUUGUCCCAUACUUUGGCGUUAUGUUUAGCACCUUCGAAUUCUGCAAGCGAGUCUGUCUGUACAGGAAUGGUUAUAUUGAAUCUCCUUUAAAUUACAAGCUGACUCCUGGCGUGGACCAGAGUUUACAGCCACAAGAACUGAAAGAAUUGCUCCUCCGAAGGGAAAAUUUUGAGCCAAGGAAAUCGGCUCUUGAAAACUGACACCAGAGCAUCCGUUGCAGACAACACGACACUUUUCUUAAGGAGCAUUGCAAAAAAGAUGUGCUGAACUACAGGUACCAAUGUCUCAGCGGAUUGCAUGGUUUUAAUACUGGAACACCACUGCCAGGAAUGAAUAAAUUUUGUAUCUCACUUCGUGAAUGGAUAUAAUUAAUAUGAAUAGCAAGCAUAUACUGAAGAGAAGAGUUGCAGCUACAUUGAAAACACUCUGCUAUUGGAACUUGAAAUGACAUCUAGGUGCUUUUUAAUACUGAAUAGCCAUUUUGUCAUAAAACCACUUGCAGAAAGGCAAGGGAAUGGAGAUGAGAGUAUAAAUUGUAUCUUCCAAAAUAUUAAGAAAUUUCAAAUGGAUUUUUUUUGAGUCAUUUGAGAUACCGAGUCAGCCAAAAUGAUAAACAGACUGGAAUACAUACAACAUGCAAGAAUUCCUACUGCAAUACCUUUUUCUUUUAGUGGUACUAUGUGGACAUGGCAUUCUGUGGAUGCAGAAUUAGUCUCAGUUCAGUUACACUCCAGAAUCUCUUCAGUGUUUGAGACUUACCUGAGAGUAAUAAUUUUGUAUGAAUCUUCAGCGUGAAGAAGAAAAUAUGCUGCUGCAACUGUGCUUUUUCUAAGAGAGAACUGUAAUGUGCAAAAUGAACUGUAAUACACUGGAAUGACAAUCUUGCAAACUUAAGUGCAUACUAGAAAAUCUUGCCCCCUUUCUCCUGUGUUGUUACUGCAUGUCAUGGAUUAUUUCAGGCUUUGAAAAAUAGUUUUCAUGCAGUUCUUUAACUGAAUGUGCCAGAGGUGGUGCAGUCUGUCCGAGCAUCUCCUCGCCCUAGCUCAGUGGUGGAAUGGAUGUGGGGAACCCAUAGGGUGCUCCCAGAGCAUCGUGGAAUCGCAGUGGGAGAGGUUUGUGGGUGGAGGGUUUGGCGAGAUAGGGCCAUCAGACUGGGUCCUGUGCUUGUCUGGAGGUUAAACCAACUUUGAGCCCCUGAUUCCUGCCUAAACCGUGGUUCUGUGCUCCCAUGGCCCUGGGAUGGCACAGUGGGGCUGGGGAAGGCACCAUCACUGCUGAAGGGGGAGCGUGGUCAGGCUGGAUCUGGGGACGCUGGAUGGAUCUGGGUUUGCUGGAUGGAUAUUUGGGGAUGCCAGCAGGAUCUGGGUUUGCUGGAUGGAUAUUUGGGGAUGCCAGCAGGAUCUGGGGAUGCCAGAUGGGUAUUUGAGGAUGCCGAAUGGAUAUUUGGGGAUGCUGGGUGGAUCUAGGGUUGCUGGGUGGAUAUUUGGGGAUGCCAAAUGGAUUUUUAGGGAUGCCAGCAGGAUCUGGGGAUGCCGAAUGGAUUUUUAGGGAUGCCAGCAGGAUCUGGGGAUGCCGGAUGGAUAUUUGGGGAUGGUGAAUGGAUCUGGGGAUGCCGAAUGUAUAUUUGGGGAUGCCGUCAGGAUCUGGGGAUGCCGAAUGGAUAUUUGGGGAUGCUGGGUGGAUCUAGGGUUGCUGGAUGGAUGUUUGGGGAUGCCGAAUGGAUAUUUAGGGACGCCAGCAGGAUCUGGGGAUGCCGGGUGGAUAUUUGGGGAUCCCGGCAGGAUCUGGGGAUGCCGGAUGAAUAUUUGAGGAUGCCGGCAGGAUCUGGGGAUGCCGGAGGGUCCCGCCCGUGCUCUCCGGCCCGACUCCGCCUC